ACUAUAAAAACAUCAGAUUGAAAACGGGUGAUAUCGUGAGGUCCCUUACAUCAUUAACAGUAGUUUUGGUAAAACUAGAUUACCUCCCCUUCUUAUCGUUACGUUGAUGAAUCGAGACCUGUAUUUAAAGAGAGAAAGCGAAACACCAGGAGAAAAUCACAUGAAAUUGGCUAAAAAGUAUUUUUUACUUUUAAAGAAUCAUCAAUGUGUUUCAUGUUUGAAACACUCUGGAAAGAUAUUCUACAAACGUAUAACCCUGUUUCUGUAAAACAUUGCUGAAUUACAGUAAAAUAUUUCCUCUGAGAGAAAGAAAAAAACAUUUUUUUUAUUUCACUGUCUGAAAUAAGUGUAAGAUAAUUUUUUCUUCUUUGAUGAAUUUACAAAAGUAUUUGCAACAUUUCUAAAUAUUGACAAGAACAAACUUAAAAGAAAUAUAACAAAAGUGAUAUUUGUUUGGAAUAAUCUAUAAAAACAAAAAGGAGAAAAAUAUCCAUAUAUUUUGAAAAGCUAUAGACGUAUAAACUUGAAGGAUUGAUUUAAAUUUUCUUGAAGAGAUGUCAGAAAAAUUAGGAAAAUCAUCAUAUGAGUGUGACAUCUGCAAAGAGUCGUUUUCGGAAAAAGGUAAACUCAGUGGACACAAAUGCAUUAAUGCAGAUGAGAAACAAAAUCACAAUACCUGUGAUAAAUCAUUCUGUCAAAAUUCAGAAUUAGUCAGUCAUAAACAAAUUCAUACAAGAGAGAAAAUAUAUCACUGUGAUAUCUGCAAUAAAUCAUUCUCUAAAAAUUGCUAUUUAACUGUACAUAAGCGUAUUCAUACAGGAGAGAAACCAUAUCACUGUGACAUUUGUGGUAAAUCAUUCUAUGAAAGGGGUGAGGUAACGAUUCACAAACAAGUUCAUGCAGGAGAGAAACCAUAUCAGUGUGAUAUCUGUGGUAAAUCAUUCUCUCGAAAUCAAUAUUUAACUAUACAUAAACGUAUUCAUACAGGAGAAAAACCAUAUCAGUGUGAUAUCUGUGGUAAAUCAUUUUCUGAAAGCGGUAAGGUAACGAUUCACAAACGUGUUCAUACAGGUGAGGAACCAUAUCACUGUGAUAUCUGUGGUAAAACAUUCGCUUCUAGAAGUAACUUAAGUACUCACAAACGUACGCAUACAGGUGAGGAACCAUAUCAGUGUGAUAUCUGCAGUAAAUCAUUCUCUCGAAAUCACCAUUUAACUACACACAAACUUAUACACACAGGAGAAAAACCAUAUCAUUGUGUUGUCUGCGGUAAGUCAUUCUCUCAAAACCAACAAUUAACUAUACACAAGUAUGUUCAUACGGGAGAGAAACCAUACCAUUGCGAUAUCUGUGGCAAAUCAUUUUCUAGAAACCAACAAUUAACUGUACACAAGCGUGUUCAUACAGGGGAGAAACCGUAUUGUUGUGAUAUCUGUGGUAAAUCUUUCUCUCGAGACCACCAUUUACAUAUACACAAGCGUGUUCAUUUAGGAGAAAAACCAUAUCACUGUGAUAUCUGUGGUAAAUCAUUGUCUCAUAAUAAGGAUUUAACUGUACACAAACGCAUUCAUACAGGAGAGAAACCAUAUCACUGUGAUAUCUGUGGUAAGUCAUUCUCUCAAAAUUCACCGUUAACAAGACACAGGCGUAUUCAUACAGGAGAAAAACCUUAUCACUGUGAUAUCUGUGGUAAGUCGUUUUCUCAAAAUCCACAAUUAACUGAACAUAGACGCAUCCAUACAGGAGAGAAACCGUAUCACUGUGAUAUCUGUGGUAAAUCAUUCUCUCGGGACCACCAUUUAACUAUACAUAAGCGUAUUCAUACUGGAGAGAAACCGUAUCAGUGUGAAGUGUGCAGUGAGUCAUUCUCUGAGAAAGAUAAAGUAAAUACCCACAAACGUGUUCAUACAGGAGAGAAACCAUAUCAUUGUGAUGUCUGUGGUAAAUCAUUCUCUCAAAGUUGGAAUUUAAGUAGUCACAAACGUGUUCAUACAGGAGAGAAACCACAUAUGUGUGAUAUCUGUGGUACAUCAUCCUCUCAAAGAGGGAAUUUAACUCGUCACAAACGUGUUCAUACAGGAGAGAAACCAUAUGUGUGUGAUAUCUGUGGUACAUCAUAUUCUUAUUGGAGUACCUUAUCCAAACACAAGCGUAUUCAUACAGGGGAGACACCAUAUCAUUGUGAUAUCUGUGGUAAAUCAUUCUCUGUUCAGAGUAGCUUCACUGAACACAAACAUAUUCAUACAGAGGAGAAACCAUAACAGUCUGAUAUCAGUGCUUAAUCAUUCCUUCAAAAUGGUGUAUUAAUUUAUACACAGUCAUAAUAUUAUGAAAGAUAUAACCAUAACCUUAGCUAUUUGUGCGAAAUCAAUCAAUGAAAAUGAUCAAUUAUUAAAACAGAAAUGCAUUUAUACAGAAGAGGAACCAUAUCACUAUGAUAUAAUGAUCCUCAUCAUUUAACCUUCAUUUUUCCAUGCUUCUAUGGAUCAGAUGGAUUUCAUUGAUGGAGAUUUUCUGCAGCUGGAUGCCUUUCCCGUCACCAAUCCUCACCUGUUUCUAAGCAAGGAAAUAUUUUAUGCAAACUAGAAACCAACAACUGCUCGUUUGAUGUCGAUGCAUAAUUACAACAAUCACUAGAUGCAAACAGAUCU